AUGGCUCAUCACACUGUGGCCCCGCUCAGCCCCAUCGCUGCUCCUUGUGGGGCUUUUGGGCCGACAGCUAGGGCUCAGGGUGGGACUGCAGGAUGUCCAGACAGUGGCUUGUUCUCGGUGGGUUUAGAUCAUGCUCCAUUGCAGUAUGUAUAUGCUAUGGUGUUUGCAGUGGAGGAAAUCAAUCAUAGUACAAUGCUGCUACCAGGUGUGAAACUGGGCUACCACAUUUUUGAUAGUUGUGGCCAAGUGCCAUGGGCUCUCCCGGCAGCGCUGUCGCUGGUUGGAGGAGGCAGCACCAGCUGUGAUCAAGCUGUUCCCCUGAUCAUCGGUGGUGCUUCAUCCGUAACAGCGCAGAUACUCUCCAGUACCCUGGGGCAACUCUCUGUACCUUUAAUUAGCUACCUAGCGAGCUGCCCCUGUCUGAGCGACAGGCUCCGAUAUCCUAACUUCUUCAGGACCAUCCCCAGUGAUAUUUAUCAAGCCCGUGCAGUUGCCCACCUUGCUAUACACUUCAACUGGACCUGGAUCGGAGCAGUGGUGGCAAACAAUGAUUAUGGCCUAAUGGCAAUAAAGAUAUUUCAGGAGGAGACUCAGGGGGCAGGGGUGUGUCUGGCAUUUGUAGAAACUCUCCAAAGGGAAAACAUCAUGAGUGAUGCCAGAAGAGCAGCACUCACAAUUCAGGCAUCGACUGCUCGAGUGAUUCUGAUCUUUACCUGGUAUACAGAUGUGAGGGAACUGUUUCUGCAACUAACCAAGAUAAAUGUGACUGACAGACAGUUUCUGGCCAGUGAGGCUUGGAGCACCAGUGGGGAUCUUCUCCAAAAUCCUUCCACUUCUAAAGUGGCAAGUGGUGUUCUUGGUGUGGCCAUUAGAAGUUCAUCUAUACCUGGAUUUGAAAAUUAUCUCAAAAAUUUGCAUCCAAUUCAUCAUCCUGGUGAUGAGUUUUUAAGGGAAAUCUGGGAAGCCGAGUUUGGGUGCAUUCCUUGGGCCACUCCUCUCUUUUCAUAUGUAACCACUACAAAAUGGCCUAGUCACCCAUCAAAUAAUAUUACUUCAUCUCCUGCCAUGUCUGUUCUGAAAGCUUCAUUAUCACCCUGCAAUGGCACAGAGUCCCUGGAGAGAGUACAGAAUCUCUUUACUGACACCUCCCAGCUAAGGGUGACGUAUAAUGUCUACCUCGCUGUUUAUGCUGCAGCCCACGCCCUUCACAACCUUCUCUCAUGCCCCGAUAGUAACAGCCCUUCUGGAAACAACAGCUCCACCUGUUCCUCUCCAAAUAACAUCAAACCCACUGAGCUGUUGCAGUAUUUGAACAACGUGAACUUCACCACACCACAGGGAGAAAUGUUUUAUUUCCAAGGAGCCGACAUUCCAGCAAAGUAUGACCUUGUCAACUGGCAGAGCACUCCUGAGGGGCCACUGAAACUAGUUUUGAUUGGUCGUGUGGAUGGGUUUGAUCUCCACCUUAAUGAAUCAGCUAUUCAGUGGAGCACAGGAUCCAGUCAGUUACCCAUUUCAGUGUGCAGUGAGAGCUGCCCCCCAGGCACCCGAAUGGCCAGCAGGAAAGGGGAACCUGUCUGCUGCUUUGACUGUAUCCCAUGUGCUGAAGGGGAGAUUAGCAAUAAAACUGAUUCCCCUCACUGUGAGCGUUGUCCAUUGGAGUUCUGGUCCAAUGCUAAACGAACUGCCUGCAUCCCUCGCCAGCUGGACUUCCUUUCCUUUAAUGAAACCUUGGGCAUUACCCUAACUACAGUCGCUGUGUCUGGUGCCACCGUGACAACAGCUGUGUUUGUGGUUUUUCUCUACUACCGUCAAACACCUGUGGUGCGAGCCAACAACUCAGAACUGAGCUUUCUGCUUCUUCUGUCGCUGAAGCUCUGCUUCCUGUGCUCGCUGGUGUUCAUCGGUCGUCCAUCAGUCUGGGCUUGUCGGUUCCAGCAGGCAGCUUUUGGGAUCAGCUUUGUACUUUGUGUUUCCUGCCUCCAAGUCAAAACCAUAGUGGUUCUGGCAGCGUUUCGCUCAGCUCGGCCUGGUGCUGAGGCCUUGAUCAGGUGGUUUGGUCCAGGCCAACAGAGAGGAAGUGUCUGCUUUCUUACUUGUAUACAGGUUAUCAUCUGUGCCAUAUGGCUGUCCCUCAGUCCCCCUGUGCCCCAACGUGAUCUGGGUUUCCAAGGGUUAAAGGUCACCCUGGAGUGCGCCAUGACCUCUGUGGUGGGUUUCUCUCUAGUCCUGGGUUAUAUUGGCCUUCUGGCCUGCACCUGCCUCAUACUGGCGUUUCUUGCUCGGAAACUCCCUGACAACUUCAAUGAGGCAAAACUGAUCACCUUCAGCAUGCUGAUCUUCUGUGCUGUCUGGGUGGCCUUUGUCCCAGCUUACGUUAGCUCUCCUGGGAAAUACACAGUUGCUGUGGAGAUUUUUGCCAUCCUGGCCUCUAGUUAUGGUUUACUGCUCUGUAUUUUUGCUCCAAAAUGUUUCAUCAUUCUUUUGAGGCCUGAGAAAAACACUAAGAAACACCUGAUGGCCAGAUAG